AUGUCUGCGGAUCAAUUGCUUUACUCAAUGGGUCACUCAUCCCAGGGUGAUGAAUUCUUUGACUUUGACAACUUCUUUGAUAUCCCCUCGGAUUAUGUCGACAGUAACCCGACCUCGGUGAACUCAAUUUCCCCCAAGGACUUUGACCUGACUUACAACGACCUGGACGGUUCAAAUUGGGACUCGGGACUCGACAUGUGCACUCAAUUUCCAUUCACCGACUUUGUCAACCACGAACCAUCAUUCCAGGAAUACUUCGGAGACUCCGCGAAUGCCGAGCCCGUUGUAGACCCCAAUGAUAUCCUUCAACUGCCGUCAACUUCACCAAGUGAAGUCUUCGUUGGAUCCGAGUUUGACAAUGCCUGGCUGCCAGGUGCGCACGGUUACGACGACCAUUACUAUUCGACCAUUCGGCAUAUGGUAGAGUCGCAAGCGGCGGUUGACCCGAGCUGCUCAUCCAAAAAAGAAAAGCGCCGAGAAGCAGCCAUAGCCCUACAUCUACAGCGCUUGCAAGAUGCCCCACUUCCCGAGACAGAUAUGUCUUCGGAUUCAAAUACCAGUUUUCCAUCGCCUCAGUGGAGUGUUUCCCAUGACCCUGCAUGCGCCAGCCCUGCGACUACUUCACUGUCCGAUUCAACCAAGUCGCCAACACCUCCCUCCGCCGAUGCGACACCCGGCGGGAUUGAGCUCGUCUUGGACCUCAACAUGAACACGCCAGCGAAUCUACCGAGGAAGCAGAAACCUCGGUCACGGGCUCAAAAGGAAAACUACAUCAAAGUUCGAAAACAUGGUGCCUGUGAAAAACAUCGAAAACAGCAUAAGAGGGCAGACUAG